AUGUCUAUGGAAGGCCAAGCACAAUCUGUUAUAACAGGUAUGGACAUAUCUACGGAAACAGGCUACGAGAACAUGUUUGAGUGUGUGCUUAAUUAUGCCAACAUAGAUUUAGAGUACAUUGAAUCUAUUGCUGAUCAAGUCAACUCGAUAACAACACCAACCACAAAUGAUAUUAUGGAGAAUUGA